UUCAAUCAUUGGAAUUCCAUUUUUCUCAGUAGAUAUUAACCAUCGAUAUCCACUGGUUUUAAAACAUGUCGCUAUUCAAAAUCUGUAAUUGGUGGAAAACACAAUGUCCCGACGUUGAAUCCAACUACGACUCGUUUUCCAUCCACUGCACGCGGCUCUGCUUGGAAGAAGGCGAGAAGGAUAGCAUUAUUGUAGGUUCCCAUUCGGGUCAUCUAGCGAUUUACCAGCCAUCGAAUAAUACUUCAACAGACGGUGAAUCGGAGGAAAACCAUCACUUUGAAAAUGUUUUCCAACAUUCAGAUGUUAUACUGGAAACGAAACUAACGCUUCCGGUGAUUGGAAUAACAAGCGGAAAAUUCACCACAGCGGCAAAAACAGACACCAAAUUGCAUAUAGCGGUUCUUCAUCCAAUGAAGGUGUGCAUUUAUCAAAUAUUAACUUUAGAUGGAAUUGCAGAUCAUGGUGACCACACAAAACUAUUGCUACUAUACGAACAUCCUCUUGGCAAGGCCGCUUUCUCCAUGUGUCAUGGCAGUUUUGGCGGAGUGAAAGGACGUGACUUUCUCUGCAUUCAGCACUUAGAUGGAUCAUUGAAGUUUUUCGAGCAAGAUGGGAUAUCAUUAGAUUGUGACUUACCCGGAGAAAGAAACAUUCCUUCGCCAAUUCUGUAUGUAUCCAGAACCGAUUGCUUCGUUACGGUUUCACCUGGCUGGGAACUGGAGUGCUACAGAUAUCAGGAUCUUUCGGAAACAAAUGUAUCGCUUCGAAGAACUGAUCCGAUAUGGUCGAUAUGUAUUGGAGAAUAUGGGUUGGAUUUGAACGUUCUUCAAGUUUCGAACGUUGAAUCAGUGAUCGUAGUAUUGGGCGAAAACAAUCUGUUUUGUAUCACUGAUACUGGAAAAUUGAAAUUCAUCAAGAAGCUUGAUUACUCUCCUAUUUGUUUUCACUCAUUUAUCAUCGGGUGGUACUGGGAACCAGAUGCACGACUUAUGAUAGCGGUCGUGUCUGAAAGUGGAUCCUUGCUUCUGUACGAAGAUUCGCAAAUAGUAUGGUCUGCCGAAUUGCCGGAAAUACCAGUUGCAAUAGCAAGAGCCAACGUUUCUGGUUUGCCUGGGGCAUUAGUAACGUUGGACAACUGUGGUAUACUAAGCGUUGGAUAUCUGGGCUCCGAACCGCAUCUCUUCAAAGUACCUCCAUUGAACCUCGUCCCAUUCGAGGUAGACAAAUGCCAAAAAGAAAUGAUGGAGCUAGAGAAGGAAAUACGAGCUGGCGUUGAUUUCAGUGAGAUCGCCCUUAUCAAUGCUGCCACUGAACGUGAUGUAGCUUUACAUAUCCUGGUUGAUCCGAAACUUGAACGUUGUGCACAUCCAACUAAUAUCACCACCGGUGAAGUAAACAUGUGUCAAAUUGUAAUCACGACAACAACCCGCGUGAAUUUGGAACUUAUGCAAAUAUGUAUUUCGUCAGACACCGCCCUUAAAUGUAGUAGAGAGGUUUUCAUGAUCCGCGAUACGGCAGCCGAAAGUGUACAGAAGGUGGAAUCCUGGAUCUACCCUUUUCAACCGGCAGUUCCCGCUGAUCUUACCAUUCUCAUAUCAUGCUCCUACACCAACAAGCAGGGCAUAACCAGAGUGCUUCAGAAAACUGCUUGCUUACCCUUAGCAAUGUUUGUGAAACCAACGCAAGCUUCUAAAGAAGCCAGCCAUAAAGUUACACUGACAAGUAACGAUUAUGAUGAAGGCCUUGUCAAUCUAUUUCCGGAAUUUAUCAGUGAAGGUAGUCCACACGCUUUGGGGUUAUUGUCAUUAAUUUCAGGAUCUAAAAUCACUAUCGUAGCAGCUAAGAAUACCAACCGUUACAGAGUACAAUCAGAAGACCUACUCGGAAUACCGUUGAUAGUAUUAUCCCUUAUCGAACGUAUCAAUCGACGCAGCGCAAAAAAAUCCAAUAGGGUUUACAUUUCAUCGAGCCCUCCGGUUGAAGGAUUACUGGAGGAGAUUGAUAGGCAUUACAAUCUUAGACUGCAACAUACUAGAAUUGCGGAGGAAUUGGAAGUUCGCACAGGCCAAAUGCGAUUAUUCGAACGAAGAUUCGUCGUGAAGCUUCAGGAACGGUCGCUGCGUGCUUUGGACGGAAUCGUCAUGCUUCUGAAAAGAAACCACACUGGAAUUGCUAAAACAUGCAGUGAACUGAAAGAGGUCCAACUACAACUACGUUUAUCGCAAAUCCGUCUCUCCGCACUGUUUAAUCUAUUCGAGGCCUGUUUCGUUUACUCGGAUAUUCCAACAAAGUAUCUGGAUACAGUGCGUCAUAUCUUCAUCGCCCCAGUUUUCGACUGUUCUGAGCACUGUUGGGAAGAAUUGGUACACCCGAUGGUUCAGUGGCUAUCGCAGAAUGGGCCACUGCGUUCCACACCGGGAAUAUCGUCGUUUGAUGAAAAAUACAUUUUUGCCACAGAUGAAAAGUUUCAUUUCGAGCAGUUCAAGAAGCAACUAGCAGCACUGAUCGAUCGCAUCGGUGAGAAACGCUCAAAAACAGGAAGAACUAGCGUCGAUUUCGAAGAGGAGUUGGAAGAACUUGUCAACGAACAGGAAGCCAGUAGCGAAUGGGUUAGCUACGAGAAGCAAAGCGAUAUGCCAUUGUGAGGUAUAAAAAUCGGAAAAUACAAUCUUUUGUAGUGAAUUUAAAUAAUAAACCAAUUCCUAUAUAUUUAUCUUAGGACAUUUGAAUAAGUUGAGCGGAUAAAAAUAAAAGAUA